AUGGAGCCAACUGUCAUUCUUGAGAAAAUGGCAGAAGCCAAAGAAAUUCCGUCUGAAAAUGUGACUGCUAUCCGUCCAAGCAAAAGGAGGAAGAAUAGGCGUUCCCUCUUCAGUUAUACCAGGACCAAACAUAAUGUGUCUGUUUCUAAAUCAUAUGAACCAGCAACCUCUGAACAUUUCGCUGGUUUCUCAAACAACACUGUCCUAGGUACAAUAAAUGGGAGAACAACACCACCUUCAGAUUUCUGUGGAUUUUCUGAUGAUGAGAUAUCCUUGUCAAUGAUACGGAAAACUCUCCACCCUCUCUACGGUCACUGCGAGGAUAUGUUUGAUGAGUGUGGUCAGACAGUAUGCACCAUUGGUAGCAAGUACCCUCACGAGCACAUAAUGAAGGUACAUAUGAUCAAAAAUGAAAGGAAAGUCCGUGUCCUAUCUCUUUUCGAUGGCGUUGGAAGCGGGCUGCUGGUUUUAAAGCACCAUUUGAACCUCGAUGUAGAUGUUUACUAUUCUGCUGAAAUUUGUGAGAACGCUCUGAUGGUGCAAAGCAAUAAAUUUUCUGGCGAAAUUGUGAUGUUAGGUGAUGUGAGGGGAUUGAAAGGUGAUCUACUGGAUGUGCUGGGAAGAGUUGAUUUGCUGAUUGGAGGGCCACCAUGUAGCCAGGUGUCAUCUGUGAAUGCAAAUAAAAAAGGGCUCUCUGAUCCCACAUCUGAAUCAUGUCUCUACAAGGAGUUCAUCCGAAUAAGGGACAUCAUGAUCCAAAAGGCAGCUGAGCAUGGACAUCUCUUCCUAUGGAUGAUGGAGAUGACAGCUCAUAUGGAACUUAAGGACUGGGAAACCAUGACUCGUGAUGUGGGGCAGAAACCUCUCAAGACAGAUGCAGGAUGGUAUCUGCCAGUGAAUAGGGAAAGACUGUUCUGGACCAAUGUUCCCCAGAUAGAGGAGCAGGAGAGUAGAACAAGUCCCAUUAAAAUUGAUGAACUGCUGUGCCCGGGCCGUAAG